CUCCUUUUCCUGUUUAGUUCACUAUGUCUCCUCUCUAAAUGAUAAACGCUCUCUGACCUCUAAUGGCUCCGUUUCUCUUCCUGUUGUUAUUUCUCUCUGAAGCAGCUUCUGGCUGGAUCGAGGUAGCCCCUGGUGAUGAUGUCAUCCUGCCAUGUCGGGCUGGUAAUCCCAACAUCAAUGUUGUAAAGUGGACCAGAACUGACCUGAAGACAGAUAUCGUCCUCUUAUACAAAGAUGGACACCUGGAGAAUAGCAGCCAGCAUCCGUCCUAUAAGGACAGGGUGGACCUGGUGGACAGAGAUCUGGAGGACGGAGACAUGUCUUUAACUCUGAAGAAGGUGACCAUCAACGACACUGGAACAUACGAGUGUCGAGUUAAAACUGGCGACACUGACUCGGACCGACCAAUCAGAACCAUCAUUCUAAAGGUUAACGACCCAGACCUGAAGGAGGUAACAGUGGACCCUGGUGAUGAUGUCCUUCUGCCGUGUCGGGCUGAUUUCUACAUCAAUGUUGUAAAGUGGACCAGACCUGACCUGGAGCCAGAUACCGUCCUCUUAUACAGAGACGGACACCUGGAGACAGACAAACAGAAUCCAUCCUUCAAGGACAGGGUGAACCUGGUGAACAGAAAGCAGAAGGAUCCAGAGGUGUCUUUAAUUCUGAAGAAUGUGAACAUCAACGACGCUGGAACAUACGAGUGUCGAGUUAUAACCGGUGACACUGACCACAUCAGAAUCCUCACAAUCAUCCAUCUACAGGUAACAGGUGAGGUAGUCUCUCUCUGGGUGGUUUUCUACAGGUUACAGGUGAGGUAGUCUCUCUCUCUGGGU